AUGUCAGAACUGAAUUUACAGGAGUUGAGCACAGAUACUGAAUAUAACUCGACGUUAGCUCCUGAAGGAUAUUGGCACAAUGUUAGUGAACAUUUUGACGAUGUUGAUCUACUUUCUGUUACUUCUUGGUUAAAUACUCAGAAAAAUAAAAAUGAACCAAGUUGGCACAUAUCAUCAAGAGUAAUAGAUAUUUCAAGUUUUAGUAGCGAUCAAUUGUUGGCAUACCAUAUCAUUCUAAAUCACUUCAACAGCAGUAAUGAACUGCCUUUGCAUCUACUUGUUAAAGGAAUUGCAGGUUCAGGAAAAAGCUAUGUUAUUGAUGCUGUAAGAAAUGUUCUUAAGGAAAAAUGUCAAGUACUAGCAUAUACUGGAAAGGCCUCUUUUAAUGUCAAGGGUGUAACACUGCAUUCUUUCCUCAAACUACCAAUUGGUUCAAAAAGACUCUUCGAAUUGAAAGGAAUAGCUUUGCAACAACUUCAAACUAAUUUACAAAACAUUCAGUAUUUGAUUAUAGACGAAUAUUCAUUUGUUGGCCAGAGCUUAUUUGGGUGGAUAGAUUGUAGAUGCAGGCAAGCUACAGGUUUAGCUGAUCAAGCUUUUGGUGGUCUUUCUGUUAUUCUGGUCGGUGAUAUAGCACAGUUAUCCCCAGUUGGUGAUAAACCACUUUUCCAUUCUUUGCCAAAAUCAGAAAAACAGAUUCAGGGUCACCUCAUAUAUAAAGAGUUCAAACAAGUCGUCACAUUGUCAGUGAAUCAUAGAGUUGAUGGCAAAACUAAUGCCCACAGCUGCUUUAGAGAUCUCCUCAUUAGAGCACGAAAUGGAGAAUCCACUUUGGCAGAUUGGCAGACAUUGUUAUCUAGAACUCCUGAAAAUGUAACAAAUAUUGAAGAAUUCCUAACAUCAUCUGUAAGGCUAUCCUAUCUGAAGGCAAAAGUUGCAGAAAUGAACUUGAUCAAAUUAAAAAAUCUAAACCAGCCAAUAGCAACAAUCAAAGCCCGUCAUUCUGGUGGUGCUCAAACACUUAGCUCUGAUGAAAUGGGAGGAUUAGAACCUGUCAUAUAUUUAGCUAAAGGUGCUAGAGUUAUGCUCACUAUGAACAUGUGGACAGAAGUUGGUCUUUGUAAUGGUGCACUAGGAACUGUAUUAGAUUUUGUAUAUGCUGAUGGGCAAACUCCUCCAGCCCUGCCUAUUUGUGUUCUUGUACAGUUUGAUGAACAAUAUAAUGGACCUUCUUUAACUGCAAGUGUUCCAAGAUGCGUUCCAAUUUGUCCAAUAACCCAAAUUUCACAAAACAUAGGUCACACAUGUGAAAGACAACAACUUCCUUUAAAGCUAGCAUGGGCUAUGACUAUUCACAAAAGCCAAGGUCUGACUCUUAAAAAAGCAUGGAUAGAUCUCGGCCCUUCAGAGAAUUCACCUGGUAUGACAUAUGUGGCUCUUAGUAGAGUAAAAAGACUCCAAGAUCUCAUAAUUGAGCCAAUGACAUUUGAAAGGUUGCAAGCUUACAAAAAAUCAAAUUUUUUGAAAUAUAGGUUAAUUGAAGAAAAGAGACUUGAUUCUUUAUCUCUAAAUGCUUCUAAAAAUGGUCAUCAUGAGUAA